GUAACACUCUGUCCUGAGCAUGCCGACCGAGAUAGAAGAGUUGGUCGAGUUUCUCCAUCAUGGAAAUACUCAGAUCAGACAGAUAGCGUGCGAAAACCUCGUUGGUCUCUCAUCAGAUCCAUCCAUCUUCAAAUCUCCCCAACUAGUCCCCGUCAAGGACUUGAAACUACUGGUUCGAGAUUAUGCGCCAAUAGCCAAAAACGCACUCACAAUCCUGAUCAACAUCAGCCAUGACGCCGAGAUCCUUAAGUAUCUCGUUGAAGACGAUGCGUUCGUCGAGGUUUUGCUGAAGAAGAUCACUGAUCCCAAAGAGCCAUCAGCAAAUGAAGUCGCCAUGCUACUGUCCAACCUUGCCAAAUCCGACCAUCUAGCCCGCCUUAUCACACUACAACGAACACUCCCCGACAAGACCAUCUCCACAUCACCAUACGCGCUCGACCAACUGUUUGAUUGCUUCGUCAAGGGUGCAGAUGGCAGCCUGAACCCAAAAGCCAACUAUGACUACUUGUCAUAUUUACUAGCCGACAUGUCGCGGCAUCAGAGCGGCAGAGACCAUUUCCUAAGCAUACGCGAGUACGAUGGGGUGGUUCCCAUCAGCAAAUUGACUGUCUUCACCGAGCACACGAGCCACGUGCGGCGCGAAGGAGUUGCCAGCACGAUCAAGAACGCCGCCUUUGAAGUCGACAAGCACCAUCUAUUUCUACACGAUGAAGCCGGGUCAGGCACGGGAGAGGAUACUGGCGCGAAUCUGCUACCUUAUAUUUUGUUGCCCAUUGCUGGCUCCGAGGAGUAUGCAGACGACGAGACUGCAAACAUGUUGCCUGAUCUUCAACUUCUGCCACCGGACAAGGCGCGGGAAAGCGAUCCCAAAAUCCUGGCGACCCAUCUUGAGACUUUACUGUUGUUGACUACCACAAGAUCUGGGAGAGAGCGGCUCAGAGAUGUCCAGGUAUAUCCAAUCAUCCGCGAGUGUCAUGCAAAUGUCCAGGAUGCCGAUGUCAAAGAGGUCUGUGACCGUCUGGUACAGGUGUUGAUGAGAGAUGAAGCAGAGGAUGACGACGAAGGGAAUGAUGACGGCAACAAACAGAACAGAAUACAGGAAGUAGAUGACGAUACCACGAUAGAGGAAGUGUUCUAAUAAAAAGGACCGGCGGUAAAAUAGAUACAACAUGUAUAUACACAUAUGGGACAACAUCA